AUGUCUCACUACAUCACCACCACCCCCCUGAUGGGGGCCUCCUCCGGGCCGGCCGGCGCCAAGCCCAGCCCACCGUCGGACCCGCUUGGCCAGCUGGUGUCCGGCCUGUCCACGCACUCGCCCUUCCGCACCGGGUCGGUCCUGUCCCGAGGGAUGAUCCUCAAGGCCGAUCGCCACUUCACGGCUCCCGGCGCACCGGACCAGCCGACCCUGGCUCCGGAGGCGGGCGGGUCCACCUCGCUGUCGCUGCCGCGGCAUCUGCUCUCCGGCUCGGGCGGGGCGCCCGGUCAUCCGCUCAUCCCCGGGGCUCCGCUCUUCCGGCGCAUCGGCGGCUUGCCGCUGUCGUCCUCCUCGCUGGCUGGCAGUCCGGCCCCGGUGGAGGACUCGCGCUUUGACAUCUACGCCUCGGCCCAGCCAGAUGUCGAGGGUCUGGAGACCGUUCUGUCGAUCCUCGGCAGCGGGGCUGCCUCCGAGCCGAGCGCCCGCCGGCGCUGUGUCUGGGUCUCCACCCGCCAAGAGCCCAUCGUCUACAUCAACGGCCGGCCGUAUGUCCUCCGCGAGGAGGCGGCGCCGCAGCGCGACACCCGGCGCUUCGCCGGGGUCGCCGCAUCCCGGCUCGAUGGCAUUGAGCGCCGCCUGCGCGAUGACUGUCUCAGCGAGUCGUCCAUGUGGCACCACUACCAGACCCGCCCGACGGAUGGCCGCCAUGGGGCUGUCGCGUCGUCCUCCUCCUCCUCCUCGUCGGACACUUCCUCCAGCACCAGCCUCAGCGACUCGUCGACCCUCGACCUGCCCGGCCGCAGCCAUCCCGGCGGGCUGAUCCUUGUGCACGAGGAGAUUGACGGGCGCAUUAUUGCCUGCUGGAUCUACGCCCGCGAGAUCCUCACCCCCUCGGAGAUGUUUGCCUCGGUCCGUGCUCGGAACUUUGACAUCCACCUGGAGCGCGUCCCGGUGACGGCCGGACGCGCACCGGACACACGCGGCCUCGAUCGUCUGGCGUCCAUCGUGCUGGAUCCCCGCCGUGGGGGAUCCUCCUUCCCCGCCUCGCGUCCCCCCUCGCCCACUUCGCACCAGCGCCCCUCGCCGUUGGUCUCUUCCCCGAUGGACUCGAACGAUGGCAUGCCCCCGGCUUCUGUAUCCGACCUCCCGGCGGUCUUGAUCUUCAGCUGCCAGUCCGGCGCCGGGCGUUCCUCCAUGCUCAUGGCCCUGGCGUGGAUCCUCCGGUCGGCCUACAUCGUUGGCGAGCCCUUCUUCAGUCAGCCGGCCAUGUAUGGCACCCAGUCGCUGGGCAUGACGCGUCGACAGCUACACCAGCUGGCGGCCAGCAGCCCGGCCGCCGGGCCGGCCCCCACCUCGCGCGAUCAGCUCAUCCUCCGGCUGUUGGCCCUGGCCAACCGCCAGGGCGGCCCGCCCGGCUGGGCGCAGAUGCUGCUCGCCACGCCCGGAGUCAUUGAUCGGCUGUUGGCGGCCCUCGGCGGGGAGUACGCCGUGGCGCGAGACCUGAUCGCCGCGCUGGCCUUCGAUGGCCCCCCCUGCAAGGCGGUCAUCGAUUCGGCGCUGGACCACUGCUCCGCGCGGGUGCACUUGCGGGAGGCCAUCCUGGAUGCCCGGCUGGCGGCGGCUUCACAUGCGGCCACUGUCCAGGCCCAGCGGCGGCUGGCCCGGCUGGCUGCCUCCUCGCACUUGGAGCUUUCCGAGUCCCGGCGGUACUUCUACGGCGGCGGUGGCGAUGGCGAUGUCCUGGGCAGCGAGCUGGCUGCCCCCGGGGACCGGCGGCUGCUGGGCCCGGCCAGCCUUGGCCUGGAGGACGACGACUUUGGCGAGGAGGCGCGCCUGGGCCCGGCCACGCGCGACCUCUUCCGCUACCUGUCAUUGAUCCCCUUCUCGGCGUAUGUGCUGCACCACUCGCGCGGGGGGUUCCAACAGUUGUUGGCUUUCCUCGGGAGCUCGCCCUUCCCGGCGGUGCCCGGGUCCCCGGCCGGGCCGGCUUCCUAUGGCCUCUGGCUGGAGCAGCGCCCGGAGCUGCUGUCCAUUUUGUUGAAGGUCCGCCGCCGGUCCCCUGCCAGCCAGAACUUCAGCCCCAUCGACACUCUGCGGCUGCCUGGUCCGGUGGGUGCGCCAGUUCCGGCGCAUCUGGCCGGCCAUCCUGGUGCCACAACCACCGCGAUGGAUCUCUUCGUCAGUGCCCGCUCUGGAGUGGUUCUAGCCUGCCACACGAUCCUCAAGCCGGACACCUGGACUGCGGCCAAGCAGCGCUCCGCCACCGGCCAGAGCUUGUCACGCAAUGCCUCGGGCGAGCUCCUGUCCCCGGAUGAUGUGACCGAGCCCGACAUUUCCAAGGACAGCUUGCCGGAAUCCGGCAUCGAUGUCCUCUGCGGCGGGGUCCUCGGGGAUCCGGCCGACUCGAUGACCACCCUGGAUUUGGCACGGCGCCAUCGCCGGGGGUCCCUUUCGCGGCGGGCUUCCUUGGACUCCGAUGCCGCCGUGCCCCCGGCCGGCCAGGCCGGCUCCGACGCCCGGGCCACCGUCACCACCAUCUUCGAUGGCGACACCCUGGAUUUGGAGGAGGACCACUCGGAGAGCUGCCUGCCGGGCCUGAUGACCAAUAGCCUCCUGGGCAGCCAAGGGCGUCCGUCGGCCGGUGGGCCCCAGCGUUGCGAGUAUCGCCGCAUGCCGGGUGUCGGUCUGCCAAUCUACGCCGUGCCACAGCCAUCUGCCAGUGAGAUCCGCCGCGUGGUGGAGGCCGUGAAGCAGGAGCUCCUGGCGCAGCACCCGCCGACCGGGGCCACCCCCCUGGCGGCCGAUGCGCAUGCUGCUCAAUUGGUUGUUCAGGCCGAUACCUCCCUGCUGUGGGUGAAUUUGCGCGAGGAGCCCGUGGUCUACAUUAAUGGCGUGCCAUUUGUCGUUCGUGAUGCCGAUGCCUCCUUCGGUGUCCGGGCCGAUCCUUCGCGUGGCCGGUCCUUCCGCGGCAUCUCCGGCGACCGCCUCGAGCAGAUUGAACUUUGCCUCAAGGUCGACGUGCAGAAGGAGGCCCACAACAAUGGCAACCGAGUGCUCAUUCACUCGGAGAAGAAUGGCGAGCUGGCCCCCGAGUGGGUGGACAUCCAAGCCGUUCAGACCCCGCGCGAGGUGUUUGCUGCUUUCUCCGAGUCGAGCACCCUCCCCAUCACGUAUCAUCGCAUUCCCCUGCCGCAUGGUCGGACCCCGAGCCCGGCCGAGUAUGAUGCUCUGCUGCAGGCCAUUCAGUGCGGGUAUCAGCCGAUGACGCCAACGGCGUCCGGCGCCCCGGCGCUCCCGCCCCGGCCCGUGGUCUUCAACUGCCAAAUGGGCCGCGCCCGGUCGACCCUGGCCUGUGUCAUCUCUCGAUUGAUCCGUGACUCGUGCGAUCCGACCAUGGCUCAGCGCUCUGACGACCUGUCCUACGCCAUCCCCGAGAAGCAAUUCCCCCUGAUCCUGGCGCUGGUCCGGGCGGCCGGCGGUCUCGGGCUCCUGGCCCAAGCCCACGUGGACCGUGCCAUUGAUGAUGCGGCUUCCUGCGGGGGAUUCCACAUCCGCAGCGCCAUCCGCGAUCUGGCCCAGCGCGCGGCCAACAUCCUGUCCCUGCAGACCGAGCAGCUGGCGGAGCUCCCGGCCACCGGUGGUCUGCCUCAGGCAUCAGGCCGCAUCAAGGGCCUGCAGCAGACGUACCAACGGGCCACAAGUGCAGCCAUCUCGGCCCUUGUCCGGUACUACAACCUGAUUGUCUUCGAGGUGUAUCUGCUGGAUUGCCAGCUCCGCCGGCGGAAGGGCGGCCCCCGGGCCGAAUCGCCAGUGGACCAAAGCCCGGGGCCGCUUGACUCGAGCGGUCUGCCUGACGGGACCACCGUGCCCACCUUCUCCGAGUGGACUGCCAGCCAUCCGGAGUUUGCGGCUUUGCUUGAGGGCAUUUACGAAGAAAGCAAUGCCGCGGACAGCGUGCUCACCCCGCUGGCCGCUUACAAUGCCGAGGAGUCUGCCCUGUCUACCUCCUCCCUGCCGGAUCCCGAGAUGAAGGAGCCAGUUAACCAGCGUCGCUUUGGCUCCGUCCUCAGCGCACAGACCAUCCUCAAGUCCGACCACUUCUCCGGCUGCCAUCGCCUCCCCCCCUCGAUGCCGCGCAUCGACGGCGUGCCGAACUUCCGCAAGGUCGUCGUCACCGGGCGCCUCGGCGGCAGCACCGCCUUCCACCUGCAGGCCACCGAUGUCACGGGCACCGGGAUGCCCACCCGGGAGGCCAUCGGUCGAACCCUGGAGCAGCUGCUCCUCGGGCCGGACGGCACCGCGACCACCCCCUCCGAGCGGGUGUCCCUCAUUUGGACCAACAUGCGCGAGGAGCCGGUGGUUUAUGUCCGCGGGCAGCCCUUUGCCCUGCGCACGCACGACCGCCUGACGGCCAAUGUCCUGACGGCCGGCAUGUCGACCGAGCGUGUUGAGCGCAUGGAGGAGUGCAUGAAGCUGGAUAUCCUGCGCGAGCUGGAGUCCAAUGCCGAGAACAAUUCCAGCGAGCGCGGUGGCUCGCUGCUGCUCAUCCACGACGAAGACCCCGGCACCAUGCAGACCAUUGCCCGGUGGGAGCUGGGCGUUCGUGCCGAGGACAUCCGCACCACGAGCGAGGUGUUUGAUGAAGCCUUCCGGGACUUUGCGGCCCAGUAUCCGAAUGUGGUGAAGGUGGACUUCCUCCGACUCCCUGUCACCGAUGAGCAGGCGCCGAUGCCGCACGUAUUUGACAUGCUCUUCGAGCGUGUCAUCUCCCAGCAGCUGGAUAGCCUGGAGUUGGGCACCCAUCGCGAUGAAUUCAUCUUCAACUGCCAGAUGGGCCGCGGCCGGACCACCACGGCCAUGAUCAUCGCGGCCCUGACUCGCGGGUUCCUCCUGCGCUCGGCGUCCGUUGCUGGUGCCCUGCUGGCCGGGCAGGACCCGCAAUCGGCCCGGGCCGAGGCGACCCCCUUCCCGGACGCCUCGACGGUCCCGCUGUCCAUGGGCCCCGGACUCGGGCUGGAGGCCUCGGAGUCGGAUCUGCUCAGCUCCACCGAGUCACGCCUGGACUCGAUGGUCAUCUCGCAGGCCGAGCGCGACCGGCGCUUCCAGGCCGGCGAGUACCUUGUGGUCAUGGACCUGGUCCGGCUGCUGUAUGGCGGCAAGACGGCCAAGCGCCUCACCGACCAGGCCAUCGACUCCUUCUCUCAUGUGCAAAAUCUGCGCACCGCUAUCCACCGACUCAUUGAGGGCUACGAGCGUCUCAAGAGCAGCCCCGGCGCCGGGCACAAGCGCGCCGAGAUCCACGAGGCCGAGCAUGUCACCGUCAACUACCUUCACCGGUACUUCCUGCUCAUCACCUUCAACUCGUACCUGCUGGAGCGCGAGCGCGACACCCUGAAGACCCUGACCUCGGAGGAGGGGGCGGCCCUGCUGGAGGCCGAGACCGACCGCACUCCCACCGGCCCGACCCUGGCACGCAUCCUCCGUCGCGCGCAUGCCCACUCCAACCGGAACUUCACCUCCUUCGACGUGUGGUACAACCAGCGCCCGGAGCUGCAGGCCGUCUUCCGUGACAAGGACAAGGACAACGAUGCGGCCGAUCUCUUCCGCAUUUGA